GAAAAAUUUCUAAUCGUGUAGACAUUUUGUCUUGUCCCAGAAAAAAUAAAAUGCGCUAACGCAUAGCUAAUACAGAAUUGAACAUUUUUGGUAUUCGAAACACAUUGCAGGAGAUCUGCACAGGGCUCCUGAACUCAAUAUUUUAACAAAUAGACUUUUAUCAAGCACAUUGCCAACAUGUUUGUGGAUGACGAGGGCAUACUCUUCAAUCCGUUCAGCGUGGGGCCGCCCGAGAGCCAGGGCCAGCGCUAUGAUUAUAAGAUGCCCAGGAGUACAACCUAUCCGGAGCCAGUGUAUGCGACCUGGCCGCCGCCAAAGCAGCAUAUCAACAGAUCUGUCUCGCAGGACUCGCUCGCUAGGUCCUGUGAUGUUAAGGCAACAAAAUCGCAGAGGGGCGAAGUUUCCAUAUCGAAGGCCAUCAAUGAGGAGAUGGCGGCGGCCAAAAAUUUCGCUACUAACGACGGACGCAUUAACGCCGGCCGCCAGUCCAGGGUGGACCUGUCAGAGAAGGGGCGUGGCGGAAACUCGAUGACCGUCAUAAUGCCUGUUCGAAAAGGCGCUGCGGCCUCGCAAGUCAGCAGCGUGUCCGUUCUAGAUAUCGAGCCAUCGGUAGCCCCAUCGAGGAAGAGUAGAGCCAAGUCGAAGGCUGGCCAACACGAGGAUAAUGAGAGCGUAUCCUCGCACGCUCGCACCGAAUCGAACAUCACACUGACGGCUAAGCCCAAUCUCAAUACAUCGAGGCAAAGCAACGGGGCAGACAAUGCCUCCCAAGGAUACCAACGAUCGGGUGCCGGGGGCCAGCAUCAGGACGACAGAUCCGUUCAAAGUAGCUUUAGAGCUGAGAGCGAUUCCUUCGCCUCGGGCAAGGCAAGAGCGGACAACAUCUCUCGUGUUUCGGCAGGAUCUAGAGCCAGAGAACAUCAAGCAGAUAAUAUCCCGCGGGCUCGGGAUACUGAUAUGAUAUCGCGUGUUUCCGUGAGACGGGCCAACGUCUACGACGAGGAUAAUGUAUCACGCGUGUCAGCCAAGUCGAGAGCUAACGCACACAAAAUACGAAAUUUAUCCGUUAGGAGACAGGGCAAGGCGGCUGAUCGUGAUGCGGAUAAUGUAUCCCGGGCUUCAGUUAGAUCCAAAGUCAAUGAUCCCAAUGCUGAUAAUAUAUCCC